AUGAAUGCUUCGAAAACUCAACCUGACGGUUUUGUUGUUUUAGAGAUGUCAGGAACUGCUGGAUUACUACGAAAUGGUUCAAAAAUAAAUGGUACAGCGUGGAACAAAAUCAACCCCGAGUGUAACGACGUGUCUGGGGAAGAUGCGUCCAAGAUGUCUGCAAUCAGGCAACUAUGGAAUGGUUUCGUGGAAAAUGCAACUCUUCAUGGUUUAUCUUAUGUGGUUACCGGUAAAUCGAGGAUUCGUCGCAUUCUCUGGGCUGUGUUUCUUUUGACGGCAAUUGCGUUUUUUUCAUAUCAGUCCAUCAGCAUGUUAAAGAAGUAUUUCAGCUUCCCAAACACCACAAAAGUCAGUUUGAAAUACGAUUCGAUGCCGGAUUUCCCAGCCGUGACUAUUUGCAACUUCAACAAGUACAGAAGUUCUGUUGUUAAAAAUUUGACUUCGUUAGGACUGGGUGGAGCUACAUAUGAAAAUGUAGACUUCAGCACACUAACCAACUUAACACAAUUUUUAUUCGAUGCGGGACAUCAAAUCAAGGAUACUAUGCAUUCUUGUCGGUGGAACGGUAAACAGACCUGCGAUUACAGGAAUUUCACUCCAGUUUUGACCUCUAUGGGGCUUUGCCACACAUUUAAUUCAGGUAUGUUUUGGGAUUUUUUGAUCUUAACAAGCCUUCUUUUUUUCUUUGAGAAUUUGCCAAGGUCUUCAUUAUUUAUGCAGAUGCUUUAUUUUCGAAGCAUCAGGGCUGUAAUUUGUGUUAUUUUGUUGUUGUUUUCAAGUCGAUCUAUAAUUACAACCGAGUGAUCUGGAACGUUUGCCAAGACGCAAAGAUUUAAUCCAUGUAGAUCACUGUUACGAUUACUGUUUGACGGAAAAAUUCAUGUUCGGUGAAAUUGUUUACUUUAAAUGAUUAUAAAUUAUUAAUAUGGAUAAGUUGAGGGACUUACGUACGUACGGAGGGACGGACCGACCAAUGGGUGGAUGGAUUGAGUGAUUGAUUCUCAGAUUUUUCAGGGAAGGAUGGUCAAAGUGUUCUGAAGGUCAAUGAGGCAGGAGCAGACUCUGGACUUUCUUUGAUACUAAACGUACAACAAUAUGAAUAUUUUGGAAUUCAAGCAAUCAGCGCCGGCCUCAAGAUACGUGUUCAUCGUCAGAAUACUCUGCCUAUAGUUGGUCGGCUUGGAUUUUCUGUUGGUCCUGGCACAAGUGUAUUUGCAGGGAUACGAAAAAAGAGGGUAAGUUAUAUAAGGAAGGAGAGCGGUCUGUGUAAAUAUCAUAGCCGUAGCAACCGAAUGGGCCUUUCCCGAUUGUGCUCGGCAACUUUUGGGUAAGCUUUGACGUUUGGAGUAUCGUUAGAUUUCAUCCCUAUUUGCGAGCAACUCCUUAAAGCUAGGUUCCAGCUGUUUUUUCUUGACCGAUGUUAGCAUUUAUUGUGAAGAGCGAAAAAUAAAGCACUUAAUUAAUGUUCAUAUUAGAAUAUCAAGAAAUUCAGCUGGCAACUUUUUGGAUUUGGCAUCUCUUUAGCAUAGUUUAAGCAUUCCGGUGAGCAACUUUCCAGCAUUUUACGAGCACAAUCGGGACAGUCCUACGACCGAUUGCAAUCCAGAUCAUUAAUUUAGUUUAUUAAUUACUUGAUCAGCAAGUCCCUGAGACCACGUGAUCUUCUUUUUUUUUGACACAAUCUCAUCGUUCUUUUUUAAUCACUUUGUUAAAAGUACAUCUCGAAAUCAGCAGUGAUUUGUUACUUACGACUAUGAAUACGUGGACUGAAUAGAGGUAAUCCAAAAUGGCUUUCAGAAAUUUCUUGUUCACAGCUUAUGAAACAAUUUUCACAUUAGUAUUUAAACGUGACAAAAAAAAAGGCAACAAUUCUUCUUUUCCUACAGCCCUUUUCCAAUCUGAAACACCUCGAGGUUUUCGUUCUUUCUCUCUUUCUUUCUUUCUUUUUGUUUUUUUUUUUGUUUCAGUUUUAAAUGUCUUAUGGAAGCUUUGGGUCUGCCUCAAAGAGGGCCCUUGGAUCACUUAAGGCUCGAGUUUGUUGUAUCAAAUCAUAAGUCAAACAAAAAAUCAAUUCGUUCUACAAAAUAAUCCUUGAGCUUUACCAUCCCUCCGUCUACUUGUUGAAGGUUAUAAAUCUCCCAAAACCGUACGAAAGCAACUGCUACGAUGGAAAGAUGGAUGCCAUAACUGAUCACACGACGUACACAAUUUCAUCAUGUUUGUCGCUCUGUGAGGCCAGGUCUUUCAUAAAAGAAUGCGGUUGUAGAAACGUGGAAAUGUCUGGUGAGUUUUCAAAUGAUACUCUUCUUAAUUAUUGAGCUUGCCUUUGUAAUUUCUCGUUUGGAACGAUAAUACACUUACAAAUUGACAUUCAAGGGGGGAAGGGGGGGGGGGGGAGGAGGGAUUUCACUCAGAAAUCUUCUGGAAGUUUGCUAACGUUUCAUGAAAGAAAGUAAUCCCCGAACUGAUACUUUCCUGUCUGCAAUGAAGAGGUGACGUUGAAUAAAUUUGGUCAAGAGGGUGAUAAGACUGCUUGGAAUUCUCUCUGCAAGGUUGAAAAGUUGAGUAGACCUUAAACCAAAGUAGUGGCAUUUGAAAAAUGUGUGAAAUUUAUACCCAAAUCAUACCCUUAAUAGACUUCUGAAAACUUUUUAAGUUCGAGACGAAUUUUUGGUUGAUACGAAAUAGUGAGGCAAACAACAUAAAGAGAGGGGGAAAUGACGUAUUCUACACCGUUGUGAAACUAGGAACUUUGAAAAGUAAAGAAUUAAUCAUUAGGGCAACUCAUAACUAUUCAAUUAACUUAUCUGCUUCACAUUCGUUGUGCGAGCGUGCCUUUAGUAAUUCAACACAUUGCUGUUCAUGCACCAGCUAGUGCCAUAAGUUCGCACUGUAAAUACUUUAAUUACAUCCUGUUUCAACAGGACUGAAUGGCACCAAACCCUGCAAAACCAAAAAAGAGUUGACUUGCCUUCUUAAAGCUCAAGGUUCGUGUAUAUCAUAUAUGUUUCCAAUUUACUUCUGGCUUCGGUUGUUCGCUAUCCACUGGAUAAAUCUUCAUUUGCUGGAUAGCGCAGCACGCCUGUUUUUUUUUUUUUGGUUUGUUUGUUUGUUUUUUUUUUUUUGAGACACUUUUUUGCUGGAUAGCGUUAUCCGCCCAGGGCUUUAUGAUGUAUUUCUAAUAUUUGAGCAACCUGAUGCCAUUGCCUCCUCAUUAUUUCAUAUUCCAGCUACCUUUCAAACCUUAAAGAAAAAUCAGUGUGAUUGUCCAGUGCCCUGUGGUGCGAUUUCCUAUGAACCCUACUUGUCAUACGCUGCGUUCCCUAGCCAAGGAUAUUUGUCGCGGUUCUUCAAAGCAGGGGAGAAUAACACUUACUGGACAGCAGAAAAAAUCAAACAAACACAACAAUGGUUAAGGUAAUCGUAUGUAAAUUAAGUUUGUUGGACAAAGCCUAACGUUUAUGGACACUAUAUAUAUACGGUAAAGAUAAACUCUGAUUGUAACUACUCACUUUUCCUGUAAACUCGAUCUUGAGGAAAAAAAAGAUAAAAAAUUUUGUGUCGCGAUCACAGCUUAUGUAAGUAUUAACAAUGAUAAUAAUGAUAAUGUUAAUUGACCUCUUCCCUAAUGGGGCUUUUAAACAUACCAGUUGACUAUAUAUAUAGCGCACCCAAGGAGUUAAACUUAAGGCAAAGAGAACAAGUCUAAUAAGUAGUGGAAAGUAGGGCUUAAACCCGACCCCCCCCGCCCUCUCCUGCAACGAUUCCGACUUCCCCCUCGUCCACCUCAAAAAUUCCAGAAAACUAAAACUUUUGUGGGUUGUUCCUGAGUGUGGGUCGAAUUCUUAUUUUUCAGGCUGACUGACCUAAUUUUAAAGUUAAGCAAAUUUGUAUGUCAACAACUUGUUCAUUAUCACCUUUUGAUAUUUGAUCAAUUAAUGGAUUUCUAUUUUUCUAUUAUAAACUCAUUUGAUUGAACUGAAUCCACCUUAUUCUUUAUAAUUCAAUAAGUAAUUUUAUUUUUACAGGCAGAACUUUCUAGAGCUGCGUGUUUAUUUCCAGGAUUUGAAUUACCAGGUUAUUGAGGAAACACCGGCCUAUGAAUUGGAAAGUUUGUUAGGUAAGUUCAUCUCUUCAUAUGUAAACAUCAACUUUCUUCUUAAUCUUUGAGGAUAAGUGUCUAUUUUGUAUUUAAACUUGUGCUUCUACUGCACUCCGUUACUCAUAAAGACGCCAUUUGCUGAAAUUUCACGCUAAAGCCCCGGUACAUCAUCUCGAGCCUUUGCUGUCACGCAGAUUUCUUUCACGUGAAUGAAUUGUCUCUUUUUCUUAUUCUCAGGCGAAAUCGGCGGUCAAGUUGGUCUUUGUGUCGGUGCCAGUCUCCUGACCGUGCUUGAGUUCUGUGACGUCAUACUUGGUAUCGUAAGAAUACAAAUGGGGUUGAGAUGAACACUUUUUCACUUCAGAACAUGUUUCGUUUUUUAAGACUAAAACAUUUUCCAUAAAUCUGUGUUUCAUAUGGGUUAGGAAUUGAAUGAGAUGCUAAUGAUGCAAAGCAAAAUCAAAUUGUGUAAGUGGAAAGAGAAGAGAGCAAAGGAGAGACUGUCAACAGCAUCAAAAUUCUUCAGUACUAAGUACUGUGCCAUGUCUCCCCCAAAUAAAAAGUAUUCUAAAGAGCGCCUUCAAGGCCUAUUCUGAGACCUUAAGUCGCCUUAAGUCGCAUUAAGUCACCUUAAGUCGCCCUAAGUCGCCUAAAGUCACCUUAAGCCACCUUAAGUUUCCUUAGGUUUCUAUUGGUUACACAAUGUCAUAAGGGUUCAACCCUUCCCAAUUGACCUUAUCCACUCCACCUCAAUCAUAGUUUUCUGCAGCUAGAAAAGUAGUUGGAGAGACUGGAUAGGAAGUAGUUUUAUGAAGUCACUUCUGUAUUCAAAUACAUGACUAGUUGUUUAAAGAGAGGUUCUAUUAAUAUUUGCACUAACUUAGUAACAUGUUCUCUGCGGAGUUGCUAAUAAGCUUGUUCGAGUUUAGGAUAUCGUUCAUAUCAAUUUGAUAUUCAUACACGAGGUGCUAAGGUUGAUUGCGAAGAACUGAAUAACCACUGGCUGUGCAUAUGAGAUUAAAGGAGAAAGAUUAGUCCCCACAAUUGAACCAUUACAGAAUGCCAAUAUUAAGUUCACAUUAUGGAUGGUAGGCAUUUUCCUCCUGGUAAAACAUCGCUGAAAAUGUCAUUGCGAUUAGAGAAUGUAAAGGCCUACUCUGAGAUCUUAAGUCGCCUUAAAUCGCCUAAAGUCGCAAUAUUUUUUGUGCCAAUUUUGCUAAAGUCGCCUUAAGUCGCCUUAAGUCGCCCAAAGUCGCCUAAAGUUACGGCGACUCAAGGUCCCAAAGUAGGCCUCCUUCAAAUCUUUCAAGUGCCUUCAAAACAGAAAGGAUACAAAUGCAAACUCUAAAUCUUAAGGGUGGAGAAUUGUCUAAGAUUUAAAAGCCAAAGUUACCAGUUGGGAACCAGUUUAAUUUGCACUUCUGUUGCAAUUUCACGAAUAUUCAAUAACAUGGUGCAUUGGAUUAAAUGUUUAGUGAAUUUCAGAAACAUCUGUAAAAAAAAGGAGCCAGUUAGAUCUACUUAACCCUUUAACUCCCAUGAGUGACCAAGAUAGAAUUUCUCCUUACAAUAUUAAUACAAUAUCAAGCAGACAAGUGAUGAGAAUAAAGAAAAAUUUCAAUUAGGGACUGUAAGUUGAUUCAAUACUAAAUUCUCCAAACUAACAAAAAAAGAUCUGUAUAGCAGACAGUUAGGAGAAUUACUAAUGAGAUCUUGGGAGUUAAGGGGUUAUUAAAGCAAGUUACUCAAAAGGGCAUAUUUUUCCCACACAAAACCAAAGAAGAACUUUGAGCAAACAACAGGAAAGUUAGAAAAUCACAAGCACAAGGCGAGUCUUUACAAAAUCAGUAAACUAAUGGCAAGCUUGCUAUAAAAAAAAGACCAGAUCAAUGUCAGUAUCUCAGCAUAUCUGUGUGUAUCUUAGCAGUACCUCAGCAUAUCUGAGCUUAUCUGAGCAGUAUCUGAGCCACCUCUUCCCUGACCUAAUAUUGACCCUGACUAACUUCAAGUCAACUGUUGUUGGGCUAGAGGACAAGCAGGUGCGCAGUUACUCAGAAACUGACACAUUGAUCCAUAAAACCUUAAUCUGUUGCAACACUUUUUAUCCCUGAUAAUAAUCAACCAUUGAUUGAACACAUAAGAUUAGGAAGCAGUGGAUGCUAUCCUCUCUAAGGAUUUCAGAGAGGAUUGAUCAAAAAGGCCUGUAAUUUCUUCCCUCUCCCUCGUCGUUUUAAUGCUCUUAAUUCUUGUGCAUGUUAAUCAACUAGUUUUUUUUUCUUUUUCUCUUUCGUCAAUGAUUAUAUAUGUUGUUAUUUCCUAGCAUGGGGGGCUUAUAAGUCGGUUGGGUUUCAAUUUUGUCUGUUUGUAGGGGUUAGAAAAGGUAAGUUACCAGGUAGGGGACAAACUUGUCCUAUUGUAAGUUUACCUACCUUUGGCAAAUUGUUAAAUUAAAAAAGAAAUUUAAAAAAAUAGGAUUCGUGACGCCAACAAAAGGUUUUAAAACUUGACCUUCUCGAUUUAAUUCCAUUUUGUCAAAUGAGGAUCAUCAAAAGUGAUUUUCUGCUACCUCGCUUUCCAUUUUUUCCUUUUUUCGCAUUUUUAUUAUUGUGUAUCCAGCUGUUGUUUUUACGAAGAACCGAGUGUUUUGUCAUUAGUCGCCAGGCACUCACGACUGUUAUUCAGUCGCGAUAAUUUCAAAGUCCACAGUAAAAAUAUUCAUAUUUAGUCACGUAAUAAAAAAUGCCGCUGUGUGAUUGGUCUGGCCCUCCUAAAAGCAGAUAAACUACUCCUAUUGGUAUUAAAAUCACCGCAGGCAUACAAGCAGGCAAAGCUACGAUUCAAAAUUGGUUAACUCUGAUUUAAAAAAAAAAAAAAAAUGAAUGCUUCGAAAAUUCAACCUGACGGUUCUGUUGUUUUUUAGAGAUGUCAGGAACUGCUGGAUUACUACGAAAUCAUUCAAAAAUAAAUGGCACAGCGAGGAACAAAAUCAACCCCGAGUGUAACGACGUGUCUGGGGAAGACGCGUCCAAGAUGUCUGCAAUCAGGCAACUAUGGAAUGGUUUCGUGGAAAAUGCAACUCUUCAUGGUUUAUCUUAUGUGGUUACCGGUAAAUCGAGGAUUCGUCGCAUUCUCUGGGCUGUGUUUCUUUUGACGGCAAUUGCGUUUUUUUCAUAUCAGUCCAUCAGCAUGUUAAAGAAGUAUUUCAGCUUCCCAAACACCACAAAAGUCAGUUUGAAAUACGAUUCGAUGCCGGAUUUCCCAGCCGUGACUAUUUGCAACUUCAACAAGUACAGAAGUUCUGUUGUUAAAAAUUUGCCUUCGUUAGGACUGGGUGGAGCUACAUAUGAAAAUGUAGACUUCAGCACACUAACCAACUUAACACAAUUUUUAUUCGAUGCGGGACAUCAAAUCAAUGAUACUAUGCAUUCUUGUCUGUGGAACGGUAAACAGACCUGCGAUUACAGGAAUUUCACUCCAGUUUUGACCUCUAUGGGGCUUUGCUACACAUUUAAUUCAGGUAUGUUUUGGGAUUUCUUGAUCUUAGCAAGCCUUCUUUUUUUCUUUGAGAAUCUGCCAAGGUCUUCAUUAUUUAUGCAGAUGCUUUAUUUUCGAAGCAUCAGGGCUGUAAUUUGUGUUAUUUUGUUGUUGUUUUCAAGUCGAUCUAUAAUUACAACCGAGUGAUCUGGAACGUUUGCCAAGACGCAAAGAUUUAAUCCAUGUAGAUCACUGUUACGAUUACUGUUUGACGGAAAAAUUCAUCUUCGGUGAAAUUGUUUACUUUAAAUGAUUAUAAAUUAUUAAUAUGGAUAAGUUGAGGGACUUACGUACGUACGGAGGGACGGACCGACCAAUGGGUGGACGGAUUGAGUGAUUGAUUCUCAGAUUUUUCAGGGAAGGAUGGUCAAGGUGUUUUGAAGGUCAAUGAGGCAGGAGCAGACUCUGGACUUUCUUUGAUACUAAACGUACAACAAUAUGAAUAUUUUGGAAUUCAAGCAAUCAGCGCCGGCCUCAAGAUACGUGUUCAUCGUCAGAAUACUCUGCCUAUAGUUGGUCGGCUUGGAUUUUCUGUUGGUCCUGGCACAAGUGUAUUUGCAGGGAUACGAAAAAAAAAAGGGUAAGUUAUAUAAGGAAGGAGAGCGGUCUGUGUAAAUAUCAUAGCCGUAGCAACCGAAUGGGCCUUUCCCGAUUGUGCUCGGCAACUUUUGGGCAAGCUUUGACGUUUGGAGUAUCCUUAGAUUUCGUCCCUAUUUGCGAGCAACUCCUUAAAGCUAGGUUCCAGCUGUUUUUUUUCUUGACCGAUGUUAGCAUUUAUUGUGAAGAGCGAAAAAUAAAGCACUUAAUUAAUGUUCAUAUUAGAAUAUCAAGAAAUUCAGCUGGCAACUUUUUGGAUUUGGCAUCUCUUUAGCAUCGUUUAAGCAUUCCAGUCAGCAACUUUCCAGCAUUUUACGAGCACAAUCGGGACAGUCCUACGACCGAUUGCAAUCCAGAUCAUUAAUUUGGUUUAUUUAUAACUUGAUCAGCAAGCCCCUGAGACCACGUUAUCUUCUUUUUUUUGACACAAUCUCAUCGUUCUUUUUUAAUCACUUUGUUAAAAGUACAUCUCGAAAUCAGCAGUGAUUUGUUACUUACGACUAUGAAUACGUGGACUAAAUAGAGGUCAUCCAAAAUGGCUUUCAGAAAUUUCUUGUUCACAGCUUAUGAAACAAUUUUCACAUUAGUAUUUAAACGUGACAAAAAAAGGCAACAAUUCUUCUUUUCCUACAGCCCUUUUCCAAUCUGAAACACCUCGAGGUUUUCGUUCUUUCUCUCUUUCUUUCUUUCUUUUUGUUUUGUUUUUGUUUCAGUUUUAAAUGUCUUAUGGAAGCUUUGGGUCUGCCUCAAAGAGGGCCCUUGGAUCACUUAAGGCUCGAGUUUGUUGUAUCAAUUCAUAAGUCAAACAAAAAAUCAAUUCGUUCUUCAAAAUAAUCCUUGAGCUUUUCCAUCCCUCCGUCUACUUGUUGAAGGUUAUAA